AUGAGCACCCAGAGCCGCCAAAAGUAUACCGCUGGGGUGGAGGCCGCUAUUGACCGCCUGAUCAACAUGCAUCUGCAGGCCUCCUACACCUACCUCUCUUUGAGCUUCUAUUUCGAAGGCGACGACGUGGCUCUCAAGGGCGUGGGCCACUUCUUUCGCAAGCUGGCUGAAGAGAAAUGCGAGGGUGCCAAGCAUCUUUUGAUGUAGAACCAGCACAGCAGCUGCGGCCUCUUCCAAGAUGAGCAGAAGCUGCUCCGAGAUGAGUGGAGUGGCAGCCUGGCUGCCAUGGAAGCCGCCCUGGCCCUGGAGAAGAACCUGAACCAGGCCUUUUUGGAUCUGCAUGCCCUAGGUUCUGCCAACACAGACCCCAAUCUCUGUGAUUUUCUGGAAAAGCACUUCCUAGACCGAGAGGUGAAACUCAUCAAGAAGAUGGGCAACUACUUGACCAACCUCCGCAGGCUGGCCAGCCCCCAGGCCGGGCUGGUGGAGUAUCUCUUCAGAAGGCUCAAAGACGACUGGGAGCUUCCAGAGCCCAGCAACCUUUGA